AUGAGCCCACGUCACUUGCAUCCUCUGUUCACAGAUGGUCGCGGCCCAGGUGCCAGAAGCUUGCAAGAUCAGAGUGACAAGCUUCUCCUCAAGCUCCUCCGUGUCCCACAUCCAGCAAUUCAUGUUCUCUUAGACAUCAAUCGCAAAGCCAUGGAGGAUAUGGAGAAGAAACUUUGUGAACUUAGAUGGGAAUUUGUCGAGAAGAAACAGAAAGAGAUUGUCUUCGGUGACGGUCGUAACUGGAAAGACGUGGAAGCUGACGAAGCAACCUUUGACAAACGAGACAUCUCACGCAGGGUUGAGUUCCAGCACCUGAUCCAGAAGAAAACCAACGCAACGAUGUGGGAGCAGUGGGCCGGUGUCAUCCAAAGAGGGCAUCCUCAGUCUUUUGUUCUUUGCAAGGUCACACCGUUACCAAGGCGCCUGGUCCGGGGGCAACUAGGCGCGUUGAGUGGAAAUCCAUAG